UUUACACCUGAAAAAAUGUCUACUGUUGGUCAAGGUGAGUCAGUAGAGACUGAGGUGCCAGAAGAACCUCUGAGCAGAAGUGAAGAUCUGCAUGGGGAAGAUGACUCCACGCUCCUGCUGCAGGAGCUGGAACAGGAGGAGCGACGAGAGAGCAGGCGUAACGCGGAGCUUCAGGUCAGGUUGGCCUUGUACUUCAGCAGGAACCCUCCUCUCGAAGAAGACCCCGAGUCGGACAUGCGGGAGUAUGAGGACUGUCUAGAGCACCUGGUGGAGCUGAAGAAGUGCGUGGCUUCAGAGUUGGAGCAGGCAAAGCAAGAGGAGCAGGAGCUGAGGCUGCAUCACCAAGAGGAGCUCAAGCAGGUGGAGGAAGAAUGGCGAUCCCUAUUGUCUGUGAAAAGGAAGGCCUUUUCGCUGCUCAGUUCUCAUUUGCCUCCCGAAGCGGCUCGUGCAAAAGUAGACGCCGCGUUGGCGUCCGAGCAGCUCCGUCGCCAAGAGCUGAGAAAGCUGCGUUUGAAACACGCCAGGAUGGAGAGCAGAGUGGCUCGUCUGGAGGCGGAGCUGGGUGAGGUAGAAAAGGCCCCGGAAUGCCUCGUGCAGCUUCUCGCCCAGAGAAUACAUGACAGGAAAAUCCAACAGCAGAGGAACCAAGAGGCCUCCAAACUCCAAAAGAGCAUGAAACGUACCUUGGAGUUGCUGUCAAACAUAAAGGAGAAGCUGCACUGGAGUCACGCAGAGGUGAAGACCAAGCAAGAACAUCUGGCCCAGCUACAGCUCGCGAUGUCCUCCAGGAGGGAGAUGCUGACCCAAAAGCAGCGGGCCUGCGUCGCCUUACGGGAGGACAACAAGGAGCUAAAGCGGUCGCGGGGACUGCUUGGGAACUCGCGACUCUUGUGGGACUUUGGGGCGACCGUGGGCGCCUCCCAACAACUGCACCAUCAACUGGAGAAGCUCAAAUGCCGGCGAGAAGAAAUUGUUGAUGGGUUGAGCCCCCAUAAAUCAGACACUAGCUCUUAAAGGGAACCUCAGACUCAAAGACUUGAAGGCUCUAAUAAGCCACAAUUGCUCUCUUUUCCUAAAAUAUGUUAACAGAAACACAUAAAA